ACACCCACAUGGACUGUUAUUCAAAUACUGCCAAAACACUCUUCUUCUACCUCUUCCUCUUCCUCCAAACCCUAACCCUCAAAUCCGGUUUUCUAUGAACCCUUUGAUUUCAGUUCCCGGUCCAGCAGUUCCUGCCUGCUGUGAGCCACUUUUGUAAAUUGCACUCUGAUUAACCACUUUGGAUUCUAUCCCCAGCUGCCUUUUUCCUUUUUCACUUCUCUUUCUACUCACACAGAUAUUUCGUUUUCUUUUAGAAAAUUUUUUUAGCCUUUAAAUUCUUUAUAUAGCUGCACAACUUGUAAUACUCCUCUUAACAUAGCCCAUCCUGAAACAAUCAAGAAAGAGAGAGAGAGAGAGAGAGAGAGAAUAAAAUUUGUAUCUCGUUCAAUUCUCUCUAUUUAUUUGGUUUAUUUUUGUUAGUUUUCCCUAUUUUCUUCUUCCUCGAUUUCUAAUUCGAUAUAGACAUGUCGAGCUACGUCGAUGUGCCCGAGCAACUCUGCUACAUCCCUUGCAAUUUCUGCAAUAUUGUUCUUGCGGUAUUCGAUUUUAAGAACACUUUUCCCUUGGUGAGUGUUCCAUGCGGUAACUUGUUUGAUAUUGUGACCGUUCGAUGUGGGCACUGUACAAAUUUGUGGUCCGUGAACAUGGCAGCUGCAUUCCAGCCGCUGUCCUGGCAAGAUGUUCAGGCUCCUAAUUACAUUUCCUCUGAGCACAAAAAGAUCGAAUUUGGUUCUUCUUCCAAAUGCAACAACAAGAUGGCAAUGCGACCUCCCAUUUCGGACAACACUGAACAGAGGAUCGUGAACAGACCUCCUGAGAAGAGGCAACGCGUACCAUCUGCAUACAACCAAUUCAUAAAAAUGUUUAUGUUCAGAGAGGAGAUUCAGAGAAUCAAAGCCAAUAAUCCAGAAAUAAGUCACAGGGAAGCAUUCAGUACUGCUGCAAAAAAUUGGGCACACUUCCCUCAUAUUCACUUUGGGCUGAUGUUGGAGACUAAUAACCAAGCUAAACGAGAUUUGUAGGAUUCUGAGAAACAUGAAAUGCCAAGGCUGGGCUACUAAACAAAUGAAAAUUGUUUCUUUAAGACACACUUUAUGUGACUCUUAUAUUUCAAGAUAUUCUUCAUUUGCUAUUUAUUGUAAUUUUGUUUGUAAAAUGUUACUUAAAUGUCAGUUGCUCAAUUGCUAUUUUAUGCUGUUAUUUCAUCAACAUUUUCUAUUUAUUGUGUGCAAUGAAAUUUCUACA